AUGCAGCAGGUCACCGACAGAGUCCGCAGCCCAGCCGCCGGGGCCAUCGUCCUCUUCGCAGGCACCACAAGAGACAACUUUGGCGGGAAGCCCGUCAAGGAGCUGCAGUACUCGGCCUACAACCCCCGCGCGCUGCGCACCAUGCUCUCCAUCGUCCAGGACAUCAGGGAGAGGCACGGCCUGCAGGGCAUCGCCAUGGUCCACCGGCUGGGGACGGUGCCCAUCGGCGAGGAGAGCAUCCUCAUCGCCGUGUCCGCCCCGCACCGGCAGGCCGCGUGGAGGGCGGCCGAGGAGGCGCUCGAGGAGUGCAAGACCAAGGUCGAGAUCUGGAAGCGGGAGGAGUUUGAGGGGGAGGAGGGCGUGUGGAGGGCGAAUCGGGACGGGGCUGCGGGGAGUAAAGUGAAUUCAUAA